AUGGGUUGCGGGCCCUCCACUCAGUGUGCCUCCACUGUUUCUGGGAGCGAUGUAACGGGGUGGAAACCGCACGCCGGGGAGGAGGAUGAGAAUGGCGGUGGAACGAGGGCAAGGUUCUUUCGGAGAGGCCACGCAAAAAGCGGUGGGAAGCGGAGCAACGACGAGGGCCAGCGCACCUCUCCGCCCUUAGUUCAUUCCUAUCACUGCGGUGGGCCCAGCGUGUCGGGUGGCGAGGUGCUGCCGGCGCUGUGGUAUAGCGACUGUACCAAAGCCGCGUGGAAGAAGGACGGGGCGUCUCUUGCACAGGAUGAUACUGUGCUUCUCUACAGGAUUGUGUUGCCCCGCCCCCCGUAUGAAGUGUGGGCCUUCUACAAUGACACAAAAGACAUACAGUUUUAUGUAACAAUUCACUUUUACCCUCAUCCAGAGCAGAGGCGCGAGCUGCUGAUGCCGUUGGGUGCAACGACAGUCGUUUGGUUGGAGGACGGAAGUCAGAAUGGGAUGGACGCUGGCAGCGCGGUGGCAAAGCUUGUCGUGGGUCCCACCGAGACGGCCCUCGCGGUGGAGGGGCACAUGGUUGCUUACCGUAUCAUUGUGAACGGUUUCCCCGCCAAUUUCAUGAUGCAGUAA